GGGAAAAUGACCAAACUCUCCCUGUUGCUCCUCUGUUUCCUCAUCCUAGCUUCUUCUUCAGGGCUCUCCAGUGGUUUUGAAACCAAGCCAACAAAAGUUAGUACCUAUGAGCUGAAAAAGGGCGAUAUUACUAUUAAGCUCACCAACUGGGGUGCCACAAUUGUUUCCCUUUUUGUCCCUGACAGAUAUGGGAAACUAGCUGAUGUAGUUCUUGGGUACGGUUCUAUCAAUGAGUACAAGAACGAUACGAGUUAUAUUGGGGCUGUUGUUGGACGUGUUGCUAACCGAAUUGGAGGCGCUAAAUUUACAUUGAAUGGAAAGACAUACAAGAUAGUUGCCAAUGAAGGGAAAAACGUACUUCAUGGUGGCAAAAUAGGGUUCAGUGAUGUUGUUUGGAAUGUGGAAAAGUACUACAAUGAAGGUCCUGCUCCAUACAUUGUCUUCACCUAUCACAGCUGUGAUGGUGAACAAGGUUUUCCUGGUGACCUUCUGGUCAGUGUCACCUACACUCUCUCCGGACGCAACAAACUGACUGUGACAAUGGAAGCAAAGGCACUAAACAAGCCAACACCAGUCAACCUUGCUCAGCAUGCAUACUGGAACCUUGGUGGCCACAACAGUGGUGACAUCCUUUCCAAUCAGGUCCAAAUCUUUGGCUCCAAAAUCACUCUUGUUGACAGCCAACUGAUUCCUACUGGCAAACUCACCUCGGUGAAGGGAACGCCAUAUGAUUUUCUGAAGCCGCGCCUAGUUGGAAGCAGGAUCAAGAAGCUAGUAAAAGAAAAUGGCUAUGACAUCAACUACGUUCUUGAUGGCACUCCCUAUGGUUCAUUGAAGAGAGCGGCUGUAGUGUACGACAGGAAGUCUGGAAGGUCAAUGAAGUUGUCAACAACUGCACCUGGUGUGCAGUUCUACACAAGUAACUUUCUGAAAGAUGUGAAGGGUAAAGGUGGAUUUGUGUAUCAACCUCGUGCUGCUCUUUGUUUGGAGACUCAAGGCUUCCCUGAUGCUGUGAAUCACCCCAAUUUCCCAUCUACCAUUGUGACUCCUCAAAAGCCUUACAAACAUGUUAUGUUGUUUGAGUUUUCAAAUAGGCCCCUAUAUGCUUAA